AAAGAGCACCGGGCUCGAAAAGAAAGUGUGAUGAGAGAAGGGAGGGGAAAGAAACCUAAGGCUCAGGGAUCGAUGACCCCAGGUUUUAUUCGUUCAAAGAUUGCAACCAUCAAAUCUACUAUCUGAGCGAUUGAUUUGAUGGUCUUUCACAUAUCAAGUGAUCCGUUUCAAGUCUGUCAGAUCGCCCUUGCCAAGCUCCUCGCUGGCAGAGUGAGGUGCUGAUAGAUGGAUGGAUGGAAGUGCUGUGUUCGUUCUGGUCGCUUUCCGUCGCAGCUGGCGACUCGCUGAGCACAAGCAGGAGAUGGCCCUGAAACAUGAGAUCAAACAGACACGAACUGAAACACAUGGGCUGGGCCGGAGCUGCGGUAACGGCUUCCUAAUGCAUUCAUUACACAUGCGGUCCUCCGUUGUCGCCGGGUUGGGCGGCUACCGUGCCAUCUGCGCGUUGCGCUUUUCCCUGAGUACAGAUCGCGAAUCCCUUGUGAAGAGCAAUCAGUACCGCCUCCCCGCACCAUCUCCGGCAAUCCCACUGGUAGAUAAUGUCAAAUGCAUCAGAGACGGCCUGACAGCUCCUACUGUGGCGAUGUCUCUCACAGGAGUUGUUUUCAUGCGAUCUUCUACUGCAGCCGUCGGCUCUUGCUCUUUGAGCGCCCCUACGAUACGUGCAUCUGUCCAGGUGUAUCCGCCUAUCUAGGGCUGCUGCAUUCUGACGUCUCGUCAAUCUAGUCAUCAGCUUAUAUAACUGCCGAUGGACAUGGAUUUUCGUCCUUGGCACCUUCAGACUUGGGUAAUGCAACGGGCGUGGGGAAGUAUCCCACCCAAUCCGCAGAAAGUGCUUCAUCGGGUGUUAAAUUACUCAUUUUGGAUGUGUGCUUCUGUAACUGGGCUUUCAAUCUGUUCUCAAUACCUUAGGUUUGCUCACCGCUGGGCAUCACCCAAGAUGUGGAUCGAUGCAUCGUGUAUAUAAGCUGGUGGCUGGAUGAAAAAAAAU